AUGCUGCAAGUACUUACAGUACUGCAGAUCAUCCCGGCCACGUGCCGGUUUGCGGAUUACUGUUGGGCCACUUGGCACGUCAUGGCGAGGCGAGCGGGCCCAUUAAAUAAAAAACAGAUCGACGAAAUGGAAAGAACGGGCGCAAUUCCCGAUAAACUAACAGACGCCUUCUGCCGGGCAGGCAGUGUUUUACUGCUGGUGCACCCGCUUUUUUCUGGGGCACCCGUUAAAGUUUUUGGACGACCCGGCGAAAAAGUACUCGAGGCCGCCGAGUACUUAGGGACAUACGCGGUUCUGGAUAUGCCGGAGACGGCGGCGGCCGAGAGCACUCCAGAAACGACUAAGACACCCUUACCCACAAUAACCGAAGAAGAGGAAGAUCUGCCCGGCCCCUCCAGCCGCCCAGACUUCCCAAUUCCUAACAUCGUCCUAACAACACCGAAUAACCACAACUACAACCUUAACGACGGCUCACCACAACUAAUCGACUCACCAACGACAUCGCCAUCCUCACCAUCGUCAUCCUCAUCGAGCUCACCAAAUUCACCCACUAACACGACUACCCGAUGUCGUUAUAACUUCCGUAACCCGCGCCGCGAGGUAACCCCAUUAACCCCUCGCAUUAACCCAGAAUUCGAAGCCGCUAACACCUCAUCUCUAACACCACAACACGCAGCCGAGCUGGCCGACACCAUUCCACCGCCAUACAAAAUUGCCAGCUGUCGGGCUGCGCCAGGCGCGCCACGCCAUUUGCCACCGUGGCCGCCUGGAAAAUACACGUCAGGCGGUCGAAAUGUCACAAUACUAACCGUACGUUUCAGAAACUUACUGUACUUGGUGCGGGCACACGGUCAAGGUGCCCGAAGGCCUCUCGGCGAGGCAACUAACAAUUCGAAUGGAUGCACACCGCGCCGAGAGGUGUGUAUCAGCACCGAAGAAGGCGAUGGCGGCCCGAAGAGAUAUCGCCGAGCGUCUCCAGGAGUUGGGUCGCGAUGGCACAUACAUCGCGCUGCCUGGAGCAACCUCGGCGAUCCAGGGCCCGGAGAGGAAGAGAAGAAGAACGAUCUAACACCGCGACUAAUGGAAAUUUAA